UGUUACAUGACAUGUGUAUCAUAACAUUAUGUGGCUUAGUCGUAGUGUAGGAAGUUGGAGUUCCUAUAAUUACCUUUCAUGUUUUAAAGAUCUCAUCUGUUUGAGUGCUGUUACCCCAUGAUCACUGAGAAUGGUGGAUCUGGCGAAAGAGGCAUUCAGUACAAAUAAUUUUCGAUUAGCUGCUGAUAUUUAUGAGCGAACUAUCCGUGAAAAUGGGCCAACAUCAGAGCUAUUUUUAGGACUAGCCGACAGUUGUGCCCGAGGUGGAAACUUUGCUAAAGCCUUUGAAUCUUAUAAAAUCGCCUACAGAUAUGGAAAAGUAACACCUGAAAAAUUGAAACAUCUUGUUGUUGGAUUAAUUGAUACUGUGAAGCAAGAUUUGACUAAUUCUGGAUCCCAACAGAUAACUAAAAGAAGCUGUAUGUUUACUUGCGGUCUUUGCCGUGGACUAUUGGCAGAUCCUGUCACUGUGCCGUGUGGGCAUACAUUCUGUAGAAAAUGUUUUGAAAAGGAUAAAUCAAAAUCAUGUGAAGUGUGUGGAAUAGUUCAUUAUAGGCUAAAAUUGCGCAAUCUAAAUUCAAAUGUGAUACUAACUAAUCUUAUUGACAAGUGGUUUCCAAACGAAUGCAAAGCGUCUAGCUUAAAAAAAGCAGGCAAUGAUUAUUUCACCAAAGGUGAAUACAUAAAUGCAAUAAAAGUGUAUACAGAAGCAAUUGAAAUGGGUAAGUUAUAUAUAAGAAAGUAAUAAUACUUAUACUUUCCCUUUGAAUAAUAUUGAAAAAAAUAUGAUAGAUAGGCUAGGAGCUAGUUGUUGCACUUUCUUUCACUUUCGAACAAUAUAUUAUUUUUAUAUUAUUUUAUAUUUUAUUUUAUUAAUUAUUAAUAAUUAUAAUUAAAUUAUAAUUACAAACUUAGCUUAGCUGAAACUUAGCUAGUAGUAGUAGUGGUAGGCCUAUAUUGCCUAAUUAAAAUUAAAAGUUGCUGCACUUACACUAACAAUAAAUAAUUACAAGCUUAUUAGCUAGUAUUAGUACUAGUACAGUGGUACCUCUAGAUACCAAUUUAAUUCGUUCUGUAACCAUGCUAGUAAAAAUCAGUUUGUUGGUAUCUCAAAGCAAUUUUCCUCGGUCCUCAUAGAAAUUAAUUGAAAUGCCAUUAAUCCGUUCCAGCCCCCAAAAUGUCAGCCAAGUUGUUUAUGUUACGUGUUUUUGAAUAAGAAAAAUGUAUUUAUAAAUGACAGAUAUUGUAUGAAAACAGAGAAUGAGAAUGUAAAGAAAUAAACUGGUUUUAUAAAGUGCCCUGCGUUAAGGUAUCUCCUUCAAGUUGCUUCCCCGUCACCCACACAAUCGGCAGUUUCUCCAUAUUUUCAUGGAGAGCGGUCCCGAGCUUAGAAAUUAUUGUAACUCCCUUAGCUGGUGUUAUACCUUUUAUCGACUCCUUCUGAUUAAGCAUAGUACAUACUGAUGAAGUACUACCCCUGUACUGCCUCGCCAAGUCAGUCACUCGCACACCUUGCUCAUGUUUUUCUAUGAUUUCACGCUUUAAUUCAAUAAACAUCAUCUUCUUCUGAGCAAUGACCUUUCCACCCACUUUCUUCGGACCCAUGGUUAUAAAAAGAUUAAGUACUGUAAAUGAACAAAAAGCACAAUUCGCGAGCACAACUUAUCAAAGAUGCUUCAAUAGCGAGGCAAACAAGCACACUGACAAUGUGAGAGGCACAACUGGUGUGUUUGUGUGCAGCCGGCCGACCCAGUUCCUCAUAUCUCAAAUUUUUCUUGUAUGUCAAAGCAAAACAUGGUUUGUUAGACGGCUCGUAUCUCAAAAAUCUUGUAUGUAAGGGCACGCAUAUGUCGAGGUACCACUAUAAUUAAGAUUCUAAUACUAAAAUUCUAAAGUAAAUUUUAAUUACAGUGGGUCAGUAUUAGAAUUAGUAUUAGUCAUAUGUCUAGUAGAAUAGAAAGUAUUACUAUAAGUAUAGUAACUUAGUAAUAGUGUACUACUCAUUAGUCAUAGUCAUACUGUUACUACUGUUGUAAGUAAUUAUUUAGGGUAUAUAAGUAAGUAGUACUUAUUUCUAUAGACCAGGCCUGCAGAACUCAAAAUGUAAGGCGGGCCGUAAUACUUUAUGAAAAAUUUGUGCGGGCCAAAAGAAAAUAGGAUAGGGAGGAAAGCUAUUAAGAAAAUAAUAAGAAUAAAGAAUAUUUCGUUACUUUGCGGGCCGCAAAGUGGGUGCUGGGGGGCAGUAUGUUGUGCAGGCCUGCUAUAGACUAAAAGCAUAGGUCAUAGUCCAGUACAAGUUUAAUAAAUGAGCCCUAUAAUUUACUUUUAUUAUACUAAAUAUAAAUGACUAUAGGCUAUGGUGCUGUAGGAAAAAAAGUCACAGAAAAAAAUCAGAUCUCAGAUAUCAUAAAUAAAUCAUGACAAGAUUGGGGAACAAACAAAUUUGUAAAUCUUUCAGUCCACCACACUCUCUUGGUGACAAUAAUGAGUUUUAGUGUGAAUACAGGUAUGUGAUUGUACAACAGCAUGGGGAGUACCUUGGUAAAGUCUGACAAUUAAUAUAUUUCUGUCCAAAGCGACAUUGACCCCCUCCCCACUUAUUACCGAUGACCACAUUAAGGCCAUUUGUACUUUGUCUGAAUAGAGUUAUUGGUAAACUAGUACUACAAUGCAAUGUCUCUUGCUUUCCAUUUUUUCUGGAGAUGUGAUGGUGAGAUCAGAUGCGAGAAUAAAAUUCCCAAUUGCUUACUACCAUUUAUUGUUAUUAAAUCUGUAAUAUUUAUGUUUAUUGGCUUCAUGCAUAAUCAUGUAACUUCUAUAUAUUAAGGGCCCACGAUCAAUGUAUUGAUCAUUUUGGCUACUAAGCAUGUAGAGGGAAUUUGCAAUGUUUCUGUGCCUGGUGUUGAUGAGGAUAUUUCACUGGUUGCAAGGGUUACUUUGUGAAGGUAUCAUGCACUGGGGGUUGGAAGGCCUGAGGCAAUAGAUGCAAAUGUGUCAAAUGUUGUCACCUCAACUGUUCCUUUUGAAAGCUUGUUCCAGUCCCUGAUUGUCUUUGGCAGGAGUGAGCAGUUACUAUACUGGCUUCUCGCUGGUAUGAGCCGGAACUGCCUGUCAUGGCCUCGUUGCUGUUUAUGGGGGAGAGGGACGAGUUUCUGUUUAAUGCUGGAGCAGUGGACCUGCCCAUUAUUUAUCUUGUACUUAUGGAGAGCCUGGAUAGUCGUCGUCGUUCCUCCAAUGGUGACCAGCCCAGUGUUUCCAGCAUGCUGCCAACACUAGAGGUAUUCCUAUAGCGGUUCAGGACAAAGUGUGCUGCCCGUCGCUGGACCGCCUCCAACCUGUCAAUGCUCUUCUGGGUAAAUGGGUCCCAGACUGAAGAUGCAUAAACUAAUUUUGAAUAAAGCAAAGAAUUAAAUCUGUGAUUUUAAUAUGUAUACAUAAUACAAAUAACACACACAAAUGUAUAACUGAGUAAUAAUAAAUCAUAUUAUUAAAUGUUGAAUUAUAAUGUGUACAUAUAAUAUAAAUAACAAACACAUAUUUAAUCCCCAACGAUAAUCAAAACACGAUCCGAAUAAGCUACUGCAAUUUUUAUUUCAGUAAAUAACCAUAUAAUAUAUGGUCUUACAAAUAUAAUUUCAUUAACACUAAAACUUAGGAGUUUAUAGGACUUUUUCUGUGACUUUUUUUCUGUUUUUUUUUUUCCUUCAGUUGUUUUGACAGCUUUCUGAUUAAUUUAAUUGGCCUGUAAAUUAUUAUAAAUAAAAUUAAAAAUAUGAUGAUUGUGAUUCAGUAUGAAUGCCAACUGAUAAGGAUGGCACUUGCCACCCUAUAUUAAAUUACAUCACAGACAAAAGGGACCAUUUUUUAAAAUUUAAUUAAUUAUUUUUUUUGUGUUGAGAUUAGACAAGGGAAAAAUGUUGCUAGAAUGCUGUCAGAUCUCAAUUCACUUAUUUGUUGUGUGAUUUAUUAAAAUUUAUAAAUGUGAGUUCUACUCUUAUCAUUUAUGAUCUCAAACAGUUGAGUUGGUAGCCUAAGGCAGGGAGAAUGGUCACAAUUUUGUGAGGAUAAGGGAGUAGGGAUAUAAAAGACAUAAAACUAAUAAAGCGAAAGUAUUUAUUUGGGAACAUGGAUUAAUUUCAGAACUACUAGUUCAAGAUGUACUUUGGACCAGCCAUAAUCUACUGCUUUUUUGUGGGGAGGGGGGGGGGGUAAGCCAUUAGGAUAGAUACUACCCCCAACUACCUAUCCAUACUAUUACUUAAGUGAAUUUUUCAUCUUUAUUUUUGUUUAAAGUGUUGCGAUGAAGUCUCUGAGGGGGAAUGAGUUUUUGACACUAAGUGUAAUGAGAAGUAGGUCUAGUAGAAAAGUUUGGUGGCCAAGUAAAAGGCAAAAGGUGAAUAUUCGAUGUAACCAUAUUAAUAACUCCCAUUUAUAUAAUCAGGGAUGCUUCCAAUGGACUUUAGGUACUCUGCAUUUCUUAUCUGGAAAAUUUGUUUGAAAUGAAUUUUGUUUUUAGAAUGUAUUUUUAGGGAAAAGGUGAGAAAUAGUGAAAAUUUAAACUUAUUUAAGGGGAACACCCCCCCCCCUGAUUUUGAACAAAUUUCAGGUAAUCAAUGCAAAUGAAUUUAAAUGAUAAAUACUCAUUGUAUUUUGGCUCAUAGUGUGUGGAGAAUAAUUUUUCAUUCUUGAGAAUUUUUUUUUCAUUCUUUUUUUAAAUUAAGUACCAUUUUUAAAGCAAGAUAACAAAAUUUCAAAAACUGUUAAUAUUUUUAUUUUUUAAAUGUUUCUUUUUAGUCCCCACUACAAAAACUUCUUUCAAUAAUUUAUGGCACAUUUUUGAAAAUCAGCAUUUCAAUGAAUAAUUUUGAUAGAUCCUUUUGGCGAAAAUAUUAAUGCUUAAAAUGGUAAAUUCAUAUACAUGAUCUAACCCCAUUUUAUAAAAACUAAAUACUAUUUGACCUAAAAACUGUAAUAAUAUUUGUGGAAUAUACAGUAGGCUCGGCGCCAUUGCUAUUUUCUAUCGUCACAGGUUAUUAAAAUCUGCUGGUUAUAUAAUCAAAUAUCAAAACACAGUUAAAAAAAUUAUGAAGUUUUUGUGACUUUAAAAAAAUUUAUUAGAUCACAUUUUGGGGAUGAAAUCAAUAACACAGAACCAAUGGACAUCUUCAAUCACGCACACCCAAUAGCGGCUUAGUCUACAUUUGUUUUGUUUUGAAAAGGCAGGUAGUCCUGCAGCAAGGGUAGGUUGUGCUGUUAGAGCUGGCACAUAUAUUUUAGUUUCACAGUGUUCAUUUCUAUGAUGAUGUGUUCCCAGGGUAGUGUGGUUGUGUUGUUCUUGCAUAUAUAACAUGGUGAAACUUUUUAUCCCUGCAAAAAAUGGCAACAGCAACAAAGAGAAAAAUUUCUGAAAAGGGCAUUGAAAAAAGCAAGAGGGGGUAGUGAAUAUAGAAAUUUGUAUCACAUUGAAAUUACAUUGUCUAACAAGAUUUGUUGGUUGUUGAACAUCUUGAUUAUUUUAUCAUGUUUUCUACAUAUUUUAAGUUUAGUAAAACAAGUGAUUUUGUAGGUAAUACUUUAAUUAUGUUUUCUUUAUCAAUAAAUUUUAUUGUCAUAGUAAAUAUGCUUACUAUUUGAAUGUGCAUGUGUGUUAGUACACUUGUUAUAUUUUCAGAAUGGCAGCUAAAUAGAUUAAAUUUUCAGUUAACAUAUGAAAUGCUCCAACUUUAAUUUACAUCUUUUCUGAAAAUAGAGGUAUAACAAAGAGUUUUACAGAUCUAGAACUAACCAUUUUAGCUCAAUACAUUCAAAUUAAACUAUUUAAAUUAAAACUCUUAUUUAUCAUGGCACUAGUAAAUGCAAAUUUUAAGGUGAUAAAGAUUAGAGAAAGAUAAGUGGUUAGACAAAGUUGAAAAGAUGUAAUAAAAUUUAAAAAAUAAAAUGGUGUGUUAAUUUCUUUUUUUGAAGAUGGUAUAAUAUAAAGUUGCUUGUUCUAAGUAAAUUUAUUUUAAGACUUAAUAAAAUAAAACUUGUUUACAGACCAUGUAUUAAUCUUUUUUCUUUCUUUAGCUCCAAAUGAUCAUCUUCUUCGAAGUAAUCGGUGCCAUGCAUAUGCCUCUCUGGAUCGAUACGAAGAUGCUCUUGCUGAUGCAGAACUAGUGAUACAACUACGGCCUGACUGGCCUAAAGGAUAUUUUCGAAAAGGAUGUGCAAUUUAUGGUCUUGGAUGCUAUGAAGAUGCAGCUGUUGCUUUUUUACAAUGCUUGGCUCUUGAUCAGAAAGUUUCAUCUGCCAAAGAUUACCUUUCAAAAGUAAGUUGUAAUUUUAUUGUCCAUAUGUAAUUAGUUUUUAAUUGAAUAAACAUCAAUGAACAUCAUUCAUGAAUCGCAGAGAAAUCUGUCAAUUGUAUUAUUUAUUUUAUUACCAACUGGUGUUUAACUUAAAAAUACAAUAAUUUUUUUUUUAAAAAUUGAAUAAAGAUAUAUAACUUUUAGGCUCUGGACAAAAUAUUAUCAGCCUUACCUUCUGAUGACCCAAAAGCUGAAGCCCUCCAACAGAGAAGUAACCCAACAUUACUCCAGCAGUUAAUUGAGGAAAAUUUUAGCAGUCCACUUCUUUUGCCAAAUAUAUCCAGCACGUUGAGUAAUCUGGCCAAGAUUGUCAAAGAUACUAUAAACACAGCCAGCAACUUCUCACAAGAGCCCACACCACAGUUGAUGGUGGCACCUGGAGAGCCUUCAUUAUCUUUGAAUGAGGGAAAAGUAAAGAAUGAUAUUGAUCGUCAAAAUGCGUGUCAAGAGAGCAAGUUGAAGGAAACAGAAGUUCAAGAAUAUCUAUCCGAAAAGUUGAGAUGUAAGUUUUUUUAUUAUUUGUUUAGGGUGAAUAUUAUUAAUUAUCUGAUGUUCUGUAUUGGAUCUCAGGGGCGUUUAGGUGAUAAAUUUUCAAAAUCAUACAAAAUAUGCAGUAUUAUGAGGACUUUGGGAAUAUGAUAUUCUAAUAUAGGUUGUAAGAAUAUAACUUUGUAUGAUGGAAAGUAGAAAAUGCCAUUGUGGCAUAGAAUUUUUUUUUUUUUUUUUUUUUUUUUUUUUUUUUUUUUUUUGUUCAUUUGAUGUAGGGUCAAAGUUAAGCCACUCUGAAGCUUAAGUAAGAUAGGUGAUUAACUUUCAAAACCAUACUAAAUAUGCAGGAUUAUAACGAAUUGGUGAAUAUGGUAUUCCAAUAUAGGUUGUAAGAAUACAACUUUUCAUGAUGGAGAGUAUAAAAUGCUAUUGUAGCAUAUGAAUUUUUUUAUUUUUUCAUUUAAUGGUUGGGUCAAGUUAACCCACUCUCAAGCUUAAGUAAGAUAAGACAAGCUCAAUAAUUAGAACAGAUUUUUAAAGUGGUAGGAUCUUUGCCUUCUGACUUGUCCAGCAUUUUGAGAACACAUGCAAAACUGAACUAACAAUUUAAAUUAAUACCCCCUUUUAAUUGAUAAUUGAUAUUGCUUAAAUGUGUGUACUGUUUUUUAUGUGAAUGAUGUCAUUUUUAUAGUAUUAAUUACUUUUAGAAGUAAAGCAAAAUUAUAUAUUUUGUUCCAAAAAAGGACUUGGUCUAAAUAUUGUGAAAUAUUAAAUUGAAUUAAAUUAUUAAUUAUUAUUAAAUUAUUAUUUAGAAUUUUUAGAAACAACAUUGUACUUUUAUUCUCUCACACCUUCUGAUCAAAGUCAUCACUAUCAUUUUUUUUGGUUAUAAAUCAUUUCUAGAUGGUGAAUUUGACAGCUUUGUCAGUUAUAAAAAUAAACUCAGUUGAAUGAUUCAAUGCAUUUUCAUGUCAGUUCAAUGCAUUUUCAUGUCAGUUCUUUAAGCACAAAAAAAUACAUUACUGUCCAGUAACAACAUUUGUAGCUCUCAUAAUAAUAAAGCCUCAUAUUUUUUUGAAAGCUGUUGAAAAUCAAUGCAUAUUCGCUUGAUAAAAGCUGAUACAGUUUAGGUAAUUUCCAUGAAAAAUUUUUUUACCAAAUUUUUUAAAAUAAAAAUUUCACAGGCAACUCAUUACCAGACUGCAGCUUAGUUGAUCACUUAGAGAUUAAGAAGGUCACUAAACCAAGGUCACACUCACCUUUGCCACCCUCACCAGUAUCAAGGAAACGUUUACGAAAUCCUAGUACUGCUCAGAUACCUUUGAGCCCGACCCGCUCAUCGCCCCAGAAAGUACUCAGUGAGUAAUAGCAAAGUAGACAUAUUCUUAAACACAGAAAGUAAACUUUUGUGUUGUUGUGCAUCGGAAAUUCCCAACUAUACACAAAGGCUCAGAAAUCUAAUUUUAUUUAUUUUUAUUUUAAGACCUAGUUUUUGGGCUCCUUUAGUAAUAUGUUUCAUUCUUUAAAUCCCCUCCCUCCUUUAGAAUCUACCUCAAACUCUUCAGCAUCAGAUAAAAGUUUAUCACCACUCACUGCUGCUGUUGCAGAGCCAGCUUUUCCAACUCAUAUGAAACCAGAACAGACGAAUAUUGAAGAUUUGGAGUGUGGUCUGUGUUAUAGGUUAUUUUUUGAACCUGUCACCACUCCCUGUGGGCAUACAUUUUGCCGCAAAUGUCUGGAUAGAUGUCUCGACCACACUGUGACAUGCCCGAUGUGUAAGGGAAAUUUGGCAGAGGUAUGGAUUUACUUUUGUGAAAAUGUAGAUCAAAGUAUUAUUUUUAAAAAUAUAUUUAAGUAACAAUAUAUUGAAUACUCCCUUGACCUUUAUUGGAAUGAUAGCUAAUUAGUAAUAUUAAAGGGUCAAAAGUCUCACUACCUAAAUAUUGCAUGUUUUUACAAAAUUUAUUUAAAACUUCUAUUUUUAUUCAUCAGCCUACUUCAAAAUAUUUCGAUAAAAUGUUUGUUUUUUAAAUUUUAAUAACUUUUCUAGUAUCUAGCUGAACGAAGACAAGCAGUGACUGAUGCUAUCCAGUGUAUAAUGGAAACUUAUUUUAAACAAGAAUACAUUGAAAGAUGUAAAAUCAAUGAUGAAGAGAUGAUUGAACUUGCAAGGUAAGGAAGUGAAAAAAUAAAAUCUGAAUUCAGUUGUUUUUAAAAUGGCUGUCUGGUUUUUUUUAACUUCUAUAAAAUGAGACUCCCAAAAAUAAUAACUAAUUUUAAUUAGUUUUAUCAAAUUUUUAAAGAAAUGCUUAACAAAAUGGAAGAGCCAUUUAAUAGUUCAUUUCUUAUUGUUAUUUGGAUUAUAAAAAUUACUUUUUAGACUCUAAAUCCUGCUGGUAUUUUUAAUAUUACUGUAAAAAUGAAACAGUAAUUUCAGAUCUUUUGUUUUUUGUGUUUUUUUGUUUUUUUUUUGGAUGUCUGUCUCUAAAGCUUAUCCCCUAUUAUCAUGAGCUCCUUCUCUUAAAAGCUCGUUAAGUACUUUAGAUAGGGAACACAAGAAAUGAUCUAUUCAAUUCGUCUGCAAGUCAACCUUAAUUCUUUUGUGUUUCAACAGAAUGGGAAGUGAUCAACAAUCGGAAAUACCAGUAUUUGUAUGCACUUUAACUUUCCCAACAAUUGCAUGCCCGCUACAUAUUUUUGAGCCCCGUUAUCGCCUCAUGGUUCGACAGUGUAUGGAAUCUGGAACUCGGCAGUUUGGCAUGUGCUUGCCUUCAAGUGAUAACGAGUGAGUUUUUGGUGAUCAGUUUUGACGUAUCUGUUGGUAGCAUUUGAACCAGCUAUCUGUAAAAAAAUUUAUCACAAUUUUAAAAUUGUCAUGUUUGAAAAAUGGACACAAGUCUACAAAUUUAAAUAAAUCUUUGUUUCUAGAGCAGGAAUUAUUUUCUUAUCACAUUGAUAACUUUAAGGUUUGAAAACUAAAUAAGUGUUGUAAUAAAAAAAAAAUAAUAAAAUUACAGAAAUAUAUUGUUUGAGUGUGAUGUUGUGAAUAAAUAAGUGUAACCAUCUUUCCAUCAGCAAUGAGUUUUCAGACUUCGGUUGCAUGCUGGAAAUAAGAGAUGUCCAAUAUUUUCCUGAUGGUCGUUCUGUUGUAGACACUAAAGGAGGCAGGCGCUUCAAGGUGAUUAGCCGGGGAAAGCGUGAUGGCUACAACACUGCCAAAGUUGAAUUUCUUUCAGACAAACCAAUAGCCCCGGAAGAUACUCAGUGUAAGUUUAUAUGUAUAAUAAUUUACUUUUUAUUUUUGUUAUAAAAUAGAACGAAAACUCGGUUUAAAAUUCAGAGCCAUUGUCAAAGAUAUGUCAACUUCAAUAGUCAAUUAUAAAUGUUCGUACUGAUUUUUUAACCAAGUCACACAAGGAAAUCAUUUUUGAUGAAGACCCCAAAAUACCUUAUUUUCCCUCAUACAAAAAACCCCCCAAAAAACCACCCAAUAUUUAUUAAAAAUUAUUGACUCUAACCUCUUGUGUCUAUAGCUGUCAAUGCCCUACAGAUUGAGAUACAUGCAAUGAUUAAUACCUGGCUGUCAAAACUGCCAUCUUCACACAAUGCAAGGAUCAGGCAGCACUUUGGUGUACUUCCUGAGUUAGACACGAGUUUUUCUUUCUCUGUCAAUGGCCCAGCUUGGGCCUGGUGGGCAAUGGCUGUCUUGCCUUUGGAUUCACGUGUUCAGAUGGCAAUGUUAGGCAUGUGUAGCUUAAAGGAAAGGCUGAUAGCACUGAAAAAGGUAAGCUACUGAUCAAUAAGUUUAAUUUAGGAUUUUUGGUUUUUAAUCUCUUAUUUUAAAAAAAAACUCUUCACACUACACGUAAUUUAACCCACAAACUGUCGUCGGCCGAUUUCCUCUUCCCAAACUGUGUCGGCUGAUAAAAAUGGCAGAUAAAAAAUGCGUUGUAAGAAAAAGUUCCAGUCCAAUAUUUUACACCAAAUAAAACUACUUCCUUUUAUUAAUAAAUGAACUUCCGUUUUUCGCUCUUGUGUGUCCUUUUUUAAACUUUGGAGUUAUUUUUACAAUGAUCUUUAUCAAGCACAUUUGUGUCGGUAGAUUUUCACGAAGUGGAUGAGGCCAUAGCUGAAACAUCUGGCUAACAAAAUAAAUCAGUUAGGAAUCUUUUUGAUAAUUCUUUUUAGUUAAUGACUUAAGUGAUUCGGAAGAUGAUUUUCCAAUCACACACGAAAACAAUGCUAAUUCCUAUUACAAUUAUAGUGCAUCAGAAAGCGAAAGUUCGAACGAUUUAGACCUAGGCCAAGAGCAAGUAGCCGAUGCGGCAACAACAGGACUCAUUCUAAACUAUGUUGCAGAUGAUUUUGUACCAACAAAAAAUAAUUGGAUGUUGUUCUAAAUAUGUUUUCUUAUAUUUCAUUUUAUGGAUGAAAUAUUUAUAUAGCAGCUUUUAAAAUUUUAUCUGUUUCUUCCUAUUUAGUAAUGUUUACAUUUUUUAUGUCUUACUUUGUUCCUUGAACGUAAUUAUAGGUAUCGGAAGAAUAUUUUUUUUUAAAAAUCGGUUAAUCUUUAAAACAUAUACCAAUAAUACAUUUUUGGAAAGAUAAAUAAAAAUGCUCUCAUAUUAUAUAAACAUUAUAAUGAUAUGCCUUCAAAAAAUUGUAGUUUGAGGUACGGUACUUGAAAAGAAAAAUGUUCUUUAUUUUCUUUAUUCCUGGUCACUCCAAGGUCAAGGUCAUGUUCAGCAAGUAUAAAAUAUCAUUAAAAAAUAGCCAUUAUGAUUCCCCACCCAGUCUACUUUCAAUAAAUAAAUAAAUACUUUAUGGCGUCUAGCUAUAGUAUUUGCAUGUGAAAAAUCACAUUUUUCAAAGGCACCCAAAAAGCUCUAAACUGCCUGCACAGUACAGAAACAUACAAUGGACAGUUCGUGGUUUAAAAAAAAAUAUUAUUAAACAUUUUCUUCUCUUAAAAAAAGCACUGUAAAUUUGAUGUUGUGCCUGUUUUUAAAAACGAAUACAUAUGCAAAAUUGCAAACAAAAUAUUGAAUAUUAUAUCAAUUGCUUUUUCAGAUAGUUGAGUACAUGAAUCGCAGGGGCAGUCGAUGACUAUUGAGGAUGCUUGUACAAAGACUAUUUAUGCAGUCCCCAGUAAUAUUUGUGGUUCUGGCUAUCCUGGUUGUGAUAUUAGCCGUCCAUUUAUAUGAAAUGCCAUUGUUAGCCUAUGAGAACUAUUUAUUUUAGCCAUUGCAAAGGAGAUCAAAAGUUGUAUAAAUAAAUGCAUGCUUGUAUUGAUGACUUUGGGCAAUAUCUUAUAUGCAGUAACUGAUUCUCAGGCCAUUUCUCUUGGUUGAAAGUGUUACAUCCAACCCUUGUGUUUUUCUAGCGUUUGAUUGUAUUGAUUGUGAACAUAUUAUUUUGGAAGAGACAACAGAGAGUUUCACUUAUAUUUUGGGGGGGGGAAUCAUUACAUUCUUAGCAAAUUGUUAACUGAAACCGAAUGGUUAACUGUAACCGAUCUUACUGUUCUAUAUCAAAUAAUGUAAAAAUGCAAUUGUUAAAGGAGGAUUAAAUUAUUGCAAGUUAAAAAAAAAUGUUCUUUACUGUCUGCACAGUUUUGUUAGAUAUAUUAUUUUGUGUUGUCCCUAAGAAUAUUAUUCCCCAAAACAAAAUUCAUGAAAUAAUGAAAUUUUACACCUAAGAUUAACCUCAAUUAUGAUCAUUUCAUGGUUUUCACAUUGACCAAGUGGUUUGACAGUAAACAAUAUUUUUCACUUUGGUUGUUUUUUUUAAUUUCUAUGAUUGGGUCAUAUUUGUUUUAAUGAUAAUAUUAUUAUUAAAUUUGUUCCAUUACUAUUCUUACUUUUGUACAUUUUUGAACUUAUGCACAUGUGAUGAAAGCUACAUACAACUUAUGUUUUUGUGUGUAAAUACCUGUUUCAGUUUUGAAUAUAGUGUUGUAACUAUUUAUUGUGACCAUUGCGUUAGAACCCAACUUAUGCAUGAUGCAGCACGUUCUUCAUGCCAUUGACUGCGUGGCUCUGAAAUCAUAUGCAAACCAUACAAAUACUUCUGCCAUUGGCUGGUUUCAUUUUGUCAGGUUAAGUUUAAACAUUUCACUGUCCUCUCUAUUUUUGAUUUGAACAAUUUUUGUUUCUGAUGACCGCUAGACAAAUAAUACCAAUGGCACCACACAAUUCUCCACGUUCCUGUGACAUAGAAGCAAAUUGAGGCAGUUGAAUAUUUUUUGUUUUUAAGCCAUCAUAACUUUUAACGGAAAUGCCUACAACUUUCUUAUUGUUUGCAACCCUGCUGAAAAAUUUGAAGCUGUUUAAAAGACUCUGGGUCCCUCUGCACAAAUAACAAAAUUCUCAGACCCUAACAAUGUCACAACCCUCAAGGCUUAGCUCUCCUGGCAUAUGUAUAACUAUCUGUUAAAAAUAGAUUUUGUCUGACCAUGAGAUGAAAGAGUUGCAGUAAUAUGCAAUAUCCUCAACUCCCUAUCAGAAAAUGCAGGUGCUAUGGAUUAUUUCCUCGCAAUUGUCAUAUGAUCUCAUUUUCACAGACUAAGAAACUUGUCCAUGUUUUACACCCCCUACUCAGCCACUGACUUACACAUCUGAGUUGUACUUUUCCAUAGUUGAGGCCACUGUCUUUCUGCUGACCUAACUUUUCAUCUAUAUUUUUUAUGCCCAUGUUUAUGCUGUGAAAAUUUCAAAGGUGGACUUAGAAAGUAAUAAAAGAAAAUAAAUUCAAAAUCAAUUUACUGUAUUGAUUUUUAUCAUGCUUUUUUUUUUCUCCCCUCACAUGCAUACAUUAUGCCAUUUAUCAGUUGUCAACCAGAUGCAAUAAAGUGUCACGAGUUUUACUUUUCUUUCAAUCAAAAUGAGCUGUGGUAAUUAUUGAUAUUGACUCUUUAAGCAUGAAAAGCUUCUUUCUUUCACAAUUUCUCAUCAUGGCAAACGUAUGAGUGUAUAGAUUUAUGGACACAUUAUGAUUGGUUAGCCUUUCUGUUCAUUGAAAGCUUUAUCUUGGUUCAAAUGAAUGAUAGCAACUAUUCAUUCUUUUGUUCCUGCAUGGUAAAAGGGAAAAUAAAAGGCCCCAUCCUGAUUGGUUAAAAUUUAUUUUCUAUUAAUGGAAUUUUGGCAUGUAUAUUGUAAACUGACUAUUUAUUUAACUAAUAAAUACCUGUUUUUUUAAAAUAAAAAUCUUGCUCUGUGUAUUUGAUACAUGCUCUAAUGUACAUGCUCCAUUUUCUAGCCAGCGUGUAGUUUGGGCGAUGGUAAAUAUAGGCUUUGAGUUUAACUAUGUCUUGUUUAUGAAGUAUGUGGUUGACCUUACACUGCUAUAUCUGCUAUCCAAAUUUUAUUUCUGUGAGUGAUUGUCACCAAUUUAAAUUGCUUAAAAGUUUUGAUUAAAUUAUGUAUUUAUAUUUCAACACAACUUUCUUUUACCACUUUGCUAAUUUUGUAUUCAUAUGAUUCUUUUGUAACAAAAUUGAACAUAUUUUCCCAUCUUAAAGAAAGAAACUAUAGAUAUAAGGCUUAAAAAUUAAUUACAUAAACCUUGUUUUGAAAAUGUACAAAAUAAAUAAAUAGUUCCACUCAUCAGCCCUGGUAAUCAAAUGAAAGCAAAGCCCCACUAAAUCAAAAUGAUCUUCUUUGGAGAGAAGAUGUUAUGUAAUUAACACAUUUUUUACCCCUCUUUCAAUACUUUUGCAAUAUAACCCUUUUUUUUUUCUUUAUUUUAGAAAAUCAGCUUAAUGUUAAUUGUUUCUGAGAAAAAACUUGGUGAAGGUUAAAACAAGAACAUUUUAUUUGUAAAACUUGACAUGCAUGUGUUGUUUUCAAGUUUAGUGCCAAAAUUGACAUUUUAAUCUACUUUUACUGGGACAAGGCAAUGUCAAGAAAAUUUGAAAUUCUACUCUAUACUAAAUCCAUUUCGCAUAAUUCUCUGCAAUGAUAAUAUUUAUGCAUCAUUAUUUGAAUUUGUUGAUCUUGAAUUUAUUCUUGCACAGCUGCUUUGUUUCAUCUUUGGUUUGUCCAUCUGGUGUUCUCCCAUUAUCGGUUGUUUGAGUAAAAACAUUGAUGGAUGUUGGAGCACUGUCAAAAAUAACACUUUGUUCAAAAAGUGUCAAGCAUUACUUUGAUUUCCUCACUGACAUUUACUUGUAAAUGAUUCAUACUAAGUCAUUAACUCUAUGUUUCACGACUUUUUUUCCCCCUAUUGGUCAUAAGAAUAUAUCAGUGACCUAUUCAUCAUUUCAUAUAGGUCAUUAGAAUAUUUCAGUGACCUAUUCAUCAUU